UCUCACGACACACAUUCAUUUGUUAAGCUCGUGAUAAAGCAACUUGGGUUCGGUUUCUAGAGAGAAGGGAAAACGGAGGAAAAUGGUGUUCAGAUUCGCCACCUUCGAUCCCGUCCAAGAUCCCGACGAUUUCAACCCGGCUUUUCCACCUACUCCGUCGUCAUCACCCUCCGUAGCACUCUGUCAGCCAUGCGAAUACACUUGCACUUUCACCAAAACCAUUGUCACCCGACUUGUUUCUGCCGGUGCUUCUCUUGUCUUGGCAGCCCCUGCUUUUGAAUUUCACGAUGAUGAGAUUCGAGACCGAUUCACAGAGACGCCAUUUCACGGUAUCAACUUUGAUGUCCGUCCAGAAUUUCAUCAAAGACAGCUUAAAGAGUUUACUCUGAAGGAGUUGAAGGCAGCCACCCGAAAUUUCAGCAACAAGAGAGUUAUAGGGAGAGGCGGAUUUGGUGAAGUCUAUGAGGGUCAAUUAGCUGAUGGCUCUCUAGUGGCAAUCAAAAGAUGCAAUGCACAAAGCAAUCGAGGUAUCUUAGGGUAUAAAAGAGAAGUAAUGAUCGGUAGCAUCGUACCCCCACGUCACAAUCUGCUUCCCAUGGUCGGAUUUUGCGGAACACCAAAAUGCAGGGAGCUAAUUCUCGUCUGCCCCUUGAUGAUCAAUAGAAGUGCAGCAUCGUGCUUAAGAGAGCGACCCGAGGCACAACCCCCGCUGGACUGGCCUACCCGCAGAAAAAUAGCUGCGGGCGCUGCGAGAGGGCUGUCCCAUCUGCAUGAUCUGAACAUAGUGCACCGAGAUAUCAAAGCUGCAAACAUUCUGUUGGAUGAGGAAUUUGAGCCUCACAUUGGAGACUUUGGGUUGGCCAAGUUCAUCCACCGUAGGCACGGUGGAUACUUUGAGGAUGGCAUCGAGGAGGCAGCCGUGCUUCCGAGGAACAAAUCCGAAGGAGGAUCCCACGGUGAAUAUUCUGAUGACACGACAGCGAUAUGUGGCACAAGAGGACAUAUUGCGCCAGAGUAUAUCAUUACCGGGAAAUGCUCAGUGACGAACGACGUCUUUGGUUUUGGGAUAAUGCUUCUAGAACUCUUGAGCGGACAAAGUGCUUGUGAUCUUGCAAGGCUUGCAGAUGACGCGGAUAUGGGGUUACUCGAUUGGGUAAAAGGGCUUCUGGUAGAGCGUAGAUGGGCAAUUCUAGUCGAUCCCGAUCUGCAGGGUGAGUUUGAAGAGGAGAUAGAGAAAGUGAUCCAGCUGGCUCUUUUGUGCACACAAAUAGACCCAAGAGAACGACCAUCCAUGGCACAAGUAGUCCGAAUUCUCGAAGGCCAUAGCAUCGAGGGGAGAUGGGAGAAGUAUUAUUUGAAGUAUCAGCAUCUCUCGUGGAACUUCGGAAGGCUUCAAGGGAAUGCGGACGUCUCCUCUUCAUUACUCAUUCCUGAAGAAUUAUCCGAACCCAGAUAAUUAAUUUCUUGACCUAAGAACCCGGCCCCUUCUACUUACAGCAAUCUCCCAAAAGAUUUGAGUGAUGGGAGCGGAUGUUAACUUAUAUAUCAGUCAACAGAAUUUCUCCUAAUUCAUAUGAGGCUUGAAAUGUCAUAGUUGAUGUGUAGCUAAGCUAGAUAUCACAAAUAAUAAGAGAAAUGUGAUCGAUUACAAUAAGAAGAAAUUUAUUACC